ACAAGAAAUCAUUUUAUCAGUACACGUGAAGGGCUAGAAGACCUCAAGAAGAGGAUGAAAGAAGCUCCCUUGACCUGCAAACUACCUGGGCAGCCAACUAUAGAGGGCUAUCUUUAUACUCAAGAAAAAUGGGCGCUGGGUGUCUCAUGGGUGAAGCAUUAUUGCCAGUAUAUGAAGGAACUCAGGACAUUAAGAAUGACGCCUAUGGAGCAGAAGCCCGGGUCGAAGCAAGGUACCUUACAAUUUGUGCUGAAGUCCUGUGUGAGGCGAAAGACAGACUCCAUAGACAAAAGAUUUUGUUUUGAUAUUGAGACAGUGGAAAGGCCUGGGACCAUCACCUUGCAAGCACUUUCCGAAGCAAACAGACGUCUCUGGAUGGAGGCCAUGGAUGGCAAAGAGCCGAUCUACCACAGUCCCAUCACAAAGCAGGAGGAAAUGGAACUGAAUGAGGUUGGCUUCCGAUUUGUCCGGAAAUGCAUCAACGUCAUAGAGACGAAAGGGGUCACAACAGAAGGCGUGUAUCGAACGGUGGGCAGCAACAUCCAGGUCCAGAAGCUCUUGAAUGCAUUUUUUGGUAAGAAGUGUAAUUCUCUGGGUUUCAAUUUCUGUGCGCUGUCGCGUCAAGGAGGAGAGGUCCACUUCAUUCAACCCAUCUCAGCCCAAGAAGCCUCCCUUGUUGCUUGGCCCCUCUCUGGACCUUCCACCAUUUCUCUCUUUCUGAAGCUCGGACUAGAUGUGGCCGCCCCCACAGGUCCAGCCCAGGGCUGCCAUCCCAUUCGAGAAAUGUCCCACGGGGAUAUGGCUCAGUGA